AUGAAUCCCACGCCGGCGCCGACCGCCGCUCCCGAACUGCUAGCCGGCAUGCGGCCCCGCAAGUCGGCCCAGUCGACCCGGGACCGCCUGCCGGCCCAGACCGAGGUCGAGGAGGAGGAGGAAUACGACGACGUGGUCGCGCGGGAGGAGCGGGAGCGGGCGGCGCAGACCAAGGAACCGUGGUACACGGUGUUCCUGUCGAGCUUCCAGAGCAUCGAGUUGGAGAACAAGGGCAGCGUGGCCCGCGACCACCUCGCACUCGAACGAACCUUUCUCGCAUGGCUCCGCACCUCGCUCGCCUUCGCCUCGAUAGGCAUCGCCGUGACGCAGCUCUUCCGCCUCAACUCGUCCCUCUCCAACCCCGACUCCACCGACCCCAACGCCCACACCCUGCGACAGCUGGGCAAGCCCCUCGGCGCCACCUUCCUGGCCAUCAGCAUCCUCAUCCUCUUCCUCGGCUACCAGCGCUACUUCCGCGCCCAGCAGUGGGUCAUGAAGGGCAAGUUCCCGGCCAGCAGGGGCACCAUCAUACUCGUCUCCCUCGUCGCCUUUGCCCUGAUGGCGGUGAGCCUGGUGGUUGUCGUGGUCGUGAGCCCGACGAGCAGGGAGCGGUGA